UAAUAUGUGGCUCCCCUCUCUCAGGCUCAUCUUGGUAGUUUAUACGUUUACCGGCCAUGCCGUAGGAGCCGCCGACGACCAGGACGCGGAGGAGUCGUCGUGGUCGUCGUACGGGUGGGCGGACUCAUGGUACCACGACACCCCUGAGCCGGCGCCCCUCGACCGCCCACGACAGCGUCAUUUGGGCGUCGGGGAGGCGGAGGUGGACGCGGCGCCCCUGUACGUGGUGUGGGAGGAGCUGCCGCUGCUGGCGAAGGAGGGCGUGACGUCGGAGGAGGCGCGGUGGGUGCCCGAGCGCGCGCCCCUCAGAAUCAUCAAGGAAUCCUACACUUCGGGCUCGAGGGAGUUCGACCACAGCUUCCUCAAGUCCCCCCGCGGUUCCCUGGCCUUCGUCGACCACCACGAGACCCCCGUGUACGUACCCGAGGCGCCCCACGCACCCGAGAUCCAUCCACACGUACCCGAACCUCCGCCGCAGGUCCACGAGGCGCCCCACGUGCCCGAACACGUACCCGACGUCCAGCCACACGUCCUCGAGGCGCCCCACAAGCCGGAGCCGCCCGUGUACGUCCCCACGAGUCCGCCCGUGACCAAGGCGUACCCAGGGCCUCCGAAACCACCGCCGCCGCAGUACUCGGUGCACCCAGGUCAGCCGCGCAAGUAUUACCUGACGGAGGACGGGCAGCAGGAGCACAGGAGAGUCCCAGGCCUCAGGCAGUACUACCUCCUCGAUGCACAAGGGGGAGGAGGCCACCCUCAGGAGGAGCUCCCCCUCGAGCUCCCUCCCGUCACCGAGAACGAAAUCCGCCUGCAGGAACACCUGAGUGAGGUUGGGCCUCCCGCUCACCCUUCCCACCCCCUCACCCUUCCCAUCCUCCUCCUCCUCCACCCCCUCCACCUCCCCACGCUCCCCACAAACCCCACUACCCUCCCCCUACCCUUCCCACCGUAA